UUCGAUUGCAUCAGUUGCGCUGCGCCUUUCUGUGCGUCGCGUUUGAAUAUUGUGACUGUUUACCUGACUCAAACAGCUGUACAGGUAAACACACAGGUAAUAAAAGCGACAUCACGUGACUUAACGAAUCUCUCCGCCAUUUUGAAGGUCAUUAUAGAAGCUGUAAAAUAUAGGUCAUUUCGCCACACAAGUUGUCGUAGGAGAGGCGUUAAACUGCCUGGAAUGGUGGUAGUAAGCUUGUUAAGUGUCACAGUGGAUUAAUUAAAAGGUGAAGAUGGCGUCGAGUCUCGAAAUACGACACCUUACGCAGUGCCACGGCUGCAGCGGUUACAUUUACCCCGUGGAAACGUUCAUAGACUAUGGAGUCCUGUAUCAUCGCAACUGUUUCCGUUGCAAAGUGUGUCGGAGGAGGCUGAACGAUAAGACAAAAUACAGGUACUCGGAGUACGACUCUCUGGAGGACGUUUUCUGCUGGAAGCACGCGCCAUGGCAGAUCAACCCAGAGAAACAAAACAGCCUCCUUUCUUCCUCUGCCCUCUCGGGGAGUCAGAUUAGUUUCUGGAGCGUUGACACCCAGGAUAUUGAAAAUGCUAGCCAGAUGGACGUCGAAGAGCUCAAGAGGCGCAAACUUGAGCAACUCUACAUUUUCCGCAAAUUCGAGCGCCGUAAGGGGGACAACAGUGAGACAGCCUCCGUAAUAAGUUCAUUACCGGAAGAGUACCAUGAAGACUCGCACAGCAGCCAGCAGUUGGUGGGAGAUAACUUUACCCGUGAGAAACCUGUGCCAAAACAGCGCGGCAGAAGAGGUGAGAAAAAGGGCAAGGCCAUCGCCGCCAUCAACAAUGCCAAUCAAGAUCAGGAAAAAGAAAAUAAUUACGUCCGCUCUGACAUCAGGCAACAGCUUGAUGAUAUCGGAGCCGAACUAGACGAGGCAGUUGAUACAGAGUCCCUACAGGAGUUCGACCAAGAACCACGUCGCAAGAAACCAGCUCCGGUAGAACGCCGAAUCAAAGCCAAAAAACAGGACCGCCUUGCGCCCGCAGAGACCCAAGAUAAUGCUCGGGCGAGCACACUGUCAGACGAUGUGUUCAUUGGUGCCCGGAACGACCAAAACAUAGAUAAAACAAACGAGAAUUUCCAAAAUCUCUUCAUGGACCAGUUCCAGAAAGAACGCGAGGGUGAGGCUUAUUACCCCGGGGAACUAAGCAGUGGUGAGGUCCGGCAAAAAGGGCGUAAUGCACAGAGAGAGCGGGAUCAACAACAUGCACAGCAAACGGUCUCUCCAUAUGAGGAUAUUGAUGACACAAACUUUGAGCAAGAGCCCAGGAGACGUGUGCCAAGAAGUGACGCCAGCGAGCAAGGAGCAGCGCUAAAUCACCAUGGUAACAGUGGUGUCACAAACUUUGAUCAGGAACCAAGAAGAAUUGGUCCACUUGGUAGCCAAGACGGCGAUCAAGGAAAAGACCAGGAAAACGACCAGCUCACUAAUUUCCCUAUCUAUUCACAGCCAGAUAAGUCGAAGAAAAAGAAAAACAGAACCGGUGAAGGAGACGUAAAUUCGGCAAACGAGUUAACAGAAAACGCUCAGAAUCGAAAACCAGGAGGAAGGGACCGCGUGACCAACGGUCGUCCUCAUGACGACCACCACCCAGAAGCAGAAAAUCCAUAUGAAGAGAUUGGACAACUUACGGAUAAAAUCCACGGACAAUUGUAUGAUGAACACGGCCAACCUGUUGAACAGCUAGGUCAACAAUUAUAUGAUGAGGAUGGCCGCAUUGUUGUUCAACCUAAUAAUCAACCCUACUAUGAUGAGUAUGGUCGACUUGUUGGGCGAGCUAGGGAGCAGUGUUAUGACGAAAAUGGUCGGCCAAUUACAAAGGUUGGCGAACAAUUUUACGAUGAAAAUGGUCGUCUUACAGACCAAUCUAAGCAGCUGUACGACCAGCACGGCCGACCUAUUGCCCAGCCUGGGCAGCAGUUUUAUGAUGACAACGGUCGCCCAGUUACCGCCAAUGGUCAACUACAUUAUGAUGAACAUGGACGCCUAACUGGCCAGUCCAAUAUACAACUAUACGACCAAUAUGGUGAGCCAGUAAUUUUUUCAGACGAACCGCAGGACCACCAGCAAGGCCAGCCAGCUGUUGAAUCUCGACUGCAGUUGUUUGACAAACAUGGUCGUCCUGUGGAGCCCACCGGUGAUCUGCAUUACGAUGAACACGGCAGCCUUGUUGACCAGUCUAACCAACCAUUAUUCGAUCAACAUGGCCGACCCAUUAUGCGAGCAAUAGAAAUAUCCAGUGAAGAUCAGUAUGGCCGAGCUGAUAAACUACCUGCUCAACUAUUAUAUAACGAACAAGGUUUCCCUGCUCAGCCCAUGGGUACACUUACUUUUGAUGAACAGGGGCAGCUGAUUGAUAAAGAUAACAAGAAGUUAUGCGACCAACAUGGGCAGCCUAUCACACAGUUUUAUGACGGAAACGGUUGUCCCGUCGAGCCAGGUAAUGAGCUGCAUUUUGAUGAAAAUGGCCAUCUUGUUAAUGACACCAACAACCAACUCCACGAUCAAUAUGGUCAGCCCAUAGUUCAGAGUGCACAACAGUUAUACGACGAAGGCAGUCACCCAGUGAACCCGAUGGGUCAGCUAAGAUACGAUGAACAUGGUCGCCUUGUUGACCACACAAACAACCAAGUCUACGACCAGCAAGGUUGUCCUAUUGUACAGUACGCUCAACAUUUAUGCGACGAGUAUGGCAAUCCGAUUGAGCACACGGGAGAGCUGCACUUCGAUGAACACGGCCGUCUGGUGGACCAAUUUAACAAUCAGCUUUAUGACCAACAAGGUGGUCCAAUCAACCAGUCUGCACUUCAGUUAUAUAAUGAGCUUGGGAAUCCAGUUGAUCUCGCAGAAGAACUGCACUACGAUAAACAAGGUCAUCUUGUUGACUCCUCCAACAACCAACUGUACGAUCAAAACGGCAGAGCUAUCGCAAAGGUGUAUGACCAAAAUGGCCGCGCAGUUAAGUCCACUGGGCAGCUACAUUUUGAUGAACGUGGUCGCCUUGUGAACCAAUCCAAUAAGCAACUCUUCGACCAAGAUGGAAUACCAUUUGUACAGGCUGCACGGAAAUUAUAUGACGGAGACGGCAAUCCAAUAGAAACCACGGGGCAACUACACUUUGAUGGCCAUGGUCGCCUAAUUGACCCAUCUGGCAAGCAACUCUAUGACCAACUUGGCCAACCUAUCUUACAGUAUGGUCAGCAAUUAUGUGACGAGCAAGGGAAUCCAGUUCAGGGUACGGGAGAGCUUCAUUUUGAUGAACACGGUCGCCUUGUUGACGAAUCGAAACAGCAGGUCUACGAUCAACAUGGACGACCCGUAGCACAUGUCAUCACUGACCAGCAGUUGGACGAAGAAAGGCGACCAGUUGAUCAAUCCGGUCACCAAUUGUAUGGAAAACAUGGUCAGCCACUAGAGCCAACAUCGCUGCUACAGUAUAAUGAGCGUGGUUGCCUUGUUGACCAGUCCAACGAACCAGUUUAUGACCAACAUGGCCACCCUUUUGUACAGUAUGGAGUACAACUACAAGAUGAACAUGGCAAUCCAGUGGAGCAGACAGGGGAGCUACAUUUUGACGAGCUCGGCAACCUAGUAGACCAAUUCAACAGAAGACUAUACGACCAAAAUGGCCAGCCUAUGAAAAAGAUAUUGGAUGAAAACGGACGUCCAGUCAACCAAACGGGAAAGCUUCAUAUUGAUGAACACGGCUGUCUUGUUGACCAAUCAAACAAACCCCUCUACGACCAAAAUGGCCGACCUAUUUCACAGUUUAGCCAGCAACUAUAUGAUGAACUUGGUCGCCAGGCUAAACCUAAUGCAAAAUUACAUUACGAUGAUCAUGGACGUCUAGUAGACCAAUCCAACAAUCAACUCUUUGAUCAAAAUGGUCAACCCAUAGUGCAUGUUCAGGAGCUUGGACAGCAGUUAUAUGACCAGAACGGCCACCCAGUUGAGUCCAAUACACAGUUACAUUACGAUAAUCAUGGUUGCCUUGUUGACCAAUCCAACAAACAGAUUUAUGAUCAACAUGGCCGCCCUUUUGUACAGUAUGGAACACAACUACAAGAUGAACAUGGCAAUCCAGUGGAGCAGACAGGGGAGCUACAUUUUGAUGAGCGCGGAAACCUUGUAGACCAAUCCAACAGAAAACUAUACGACCAAAAUGGUCAGCCUAUGAAAAAGAUAUUGGAUGAACACGGGCGUCCAGUCAAGCAAACGGAUAAGCUGUAUAUUGAUGAACACGGUUGUCUUGUUGACCAAUCGAACAAACAGCUCUAUGACCAAAGUGGCCGACCUAUUUCACAGUUAAGCCAGCAACUUUAUGACGAGCAUGGUCGCCAGACUAAACCAAAUGCAAAAUUACAUUACGAUGAUCAUGGACGCCUCGUAGACCAAUCCAACAAUCAACUCUUCGAUCAAAAUGGUCAACCCAUAGUGCACAUUGAUGAACAGGAACUUGACCGGCAAUUAUAUGACCAGAAUGGCCAUCCAGUUAAGUCCAAUACACAGUUACAUUAUGAUAAUCAUGGUUGCCUUGUUGACCAAUCCAACAAACAGAUUUAUGAUCAACAUGGCCGCCCUUUUGUACAGUAUGGAACACAACUACAAGAUGAACAUGGCAAUCCAGUGCAGCAGACAGGGGAGCUACAUUUCGAUGAGCACAGAAACCUUGUGGACCAAUCCAACAGAAAACUAUACGACCAAAAUGGCCAGCCUAUGAAAAAGAUAUUGGACAAACACGGGCGUCCAGUCAAGCAAACGGGAAAGCUUCAUAUUGAUGAACACGGUUGUCUUGUUGACCAAUCGAACAAGCAACUCUUCGACCAAAGUGGCCGACCUAUUUCACAGUUUAUCCAGCAACUAUACGAUGAGCAUGGUCACCAGGCCAAGCCGACUGCAAAAUUACAUUACGAUGAUCAUGGACGUCUUGUAGACCAAUCCAACAACCAACUCUUCAAUCACAAAGGUCAACCCAUUGUGCACGUUCACAAACAGGAACUUGACCGGCAAUUACAUGACCAGAACGGUCAUCCAGUUAAGUCCAAUACACAGUUACAUUACGAUAAUCAUGGUUGCCUUGUUGACCAAUCCAACAAACAGAUUUAUGAUCAACAUGGCCGCCCUUUUGUACAGUAUGGAACACAACUACAAGAUGAACAUGGCAAUCCAGUGGAGCAGACAGGGGAGCUACAUUUCGAUGAGCGCGGAAACCUUGUGGACCAAUCCAACAGAAAACUAUAUGAUCAAAAUGGCCAGCCUAUGAAAAAGAUAUUGGAUGAACACGGGCGUCCAGUCAAGCAAACGGAUAAGCUGUAUAUCGAUGAACACGGUUGUCUUGUUGACCAAUCAAACAAACAGCUUUACGACCAAAAUGGUCAACCCAUCACACAAUCUAGUCAACAGUUAUACGAUGAAGAUGGUCGCCAGGCCAAGCCAAAUGCAAAGUUACGUUACGAUGAUAAUGCACGACUCGUAGAUCAACACAACAACCAACUCUUUGAUCAAGAUGGACUCCCUAUAGUACAUUCCAAAGAGGAGCAGCCUGUGCAGCAGGUGUUUGAUGAGCAUGGUCGCCCAGUUGAUCAAUCAAAUAGGCAAUCUAACGACCAUCAUGGUCGACCUCUUGCACAGACUUCUGACACACUAGGCAAACCCCAGAUGAGGUCUAAGGGGGCACAGGGAGAAACUAACCGUGGUGAAAUGUUCCUAGAGCAAAUUAAGAAAGACGAACUCAGCCAUAAGGCAAGGACGCCAUACUCUCAAGAACAACAACAUUGGAAACAUGAAAUACAAGAAACUGAUAUUGAUGCAGAAGACGAUGACGUGAUAGAGACCAACAUCGACGUGGAGAUUGAAAGGCUGGAACAAGAACUUGGUCCACAGUAUGAUGGAACAAAGGCACAUGACGUCAGUGUGUCAUCAGACGAAGGAAGUACAGAUUCAAUCUUAAUGGCUGGUGGAAAACCACGACAGAGAAGGAAACAACCACGAAAAGAACAAGGUGACAGCUCUACAGAACCUGACACAGACACAGAUAUAGAUCACCUGUAUCAAACUACAGACACAGACACCGAUAUUGAGGCUCUUUUGUUGGACCAUCUUAAAGAGAGAGCAGGAGAAAAAAAGCUACGGAAGAAGUCCGACAGGUCAAGGAGUAGAGAAAAUUUGCAAGAAGCCGAUGUGAGUGCCAUGUUUCUUGAUCAGAUUAAAAAGAACCAGGCUGGAGAUCGCCGAGGCACUGAAGAACAUAGAGCCCCCAUCGGUCAGAUUACAGAGACAGACAUUGAUGAUGAGCCGCCCACGCCAACACCUGCUGCCAUGGAAGCUGAUUUUGAUGCUGACAAUGACGUUUCCUUAAAACAAUUAGUUGAAUCAGCUAUCAGAAAGCACGGUGAUGAAUUUGAAGACCAUGACGAAACAAUGGUGGAGAAGUCUCCCCAGGAUGUGUCUACUAAAAGUGUUUUUCAAAAAAUCUCAAUAUUUGAACGUGAACAGGCAAAACUUACUCCUGACCACAAGUUGACGCCACAGCAACGACAGUUGAUGGAAACAGAGUUUGGCAUAGACCAGAGCCCCAGCACCAUACCUACACCGGUGAAACCGCCUGGUUUUAAGAGUAAAAUACCGACUAAAGGCAACCAACAAAGUGUAGAAGGCAUAUUUAUGGAGCAGGUCCAGAAAGACGAAGCCUCCCGGAAACAGACCGCUGCAGGGAAAAGUCCCAGUAAAAUUCCUGUCAGGGCACAGACAUCUUCCAACAGUGGUGCUGAUCAGGAAGGAGAAGAGCAGCCAGUGACCAAUCUUGACAAGGCGUCAGGAGAUGUGGUCCCAGGAGCAAAGGGCAGAAGCAAGAUUGCUGCCUUGAGAGAGCAGUUCCUCCGGGGAGAGACUCAGGAACCCGAUAAAGAUGAUGAUAAUGAUGAUAUUGAAGAUUUAGAGUAUGAACCCAGAGUUAGACGCCCUGCACCAAAACAAACAGCAAAGGCAGCGAAUGAGAAAACUCCCCAAGCGGCACGGAAUCAGGAGCAAAAGAAAGGAGAGAAACCUUCAAUCCAAACCGAAGGAAACUUAGUAGGAGAGAUGUUCCUUGGCGAAUAUAUGAAAAGCAAGGCCGAAGAGGAAUCUAAAUAUAAACCAAAGAGUCCAAAGAGUGUCCGAUUCUCAGAAAAGGAUGAAUACAAAAGUGAAACGUCAGAGGCUGAAUCGGAGUCUACAGUUACUGGCAGAGACGAUGAUUCUGUCAUGUCUGACCACGAAAACGAAUUCAGGGCUGAAAUGUUGGGUCUCAAUAAAGACACAGAGCAAUACGUGAAGCAGUAUGGAAUCGAUGUUUCUACAGGGCGUGUUACUCCUCAAGGUAAAACGGACAUUCCCUCAUUCUAUGGGGUCCCCAUCUCAGAAAAAGAUCCGGAGAAAAGCUCAAUGAACAAAGAAAAAAAGGACAAAAAGGGAGGUGAGAUCCGUAAGGCACCAGUAAAAGAUGACUCUGGAAAGUUCGUCGCUGAAACUGAAGAUCAACAGUCGUCAGAUGGUGACCUGUCAUUUGAAAGCUUAGAGCGUGAGCCACGAAGAUUCGGCCAUUCACAACAAGGAGAAAUUACAGAUAUUCCAGGCAAUAAAAGUCCGAAAUUAACACCUAGCAAAGGAAGACAGGCUAGCAAAAGUCCAACUUUUGAAUCCGAGUUAAUUGCAAAAAUGAUCCGCGAAGAUGCAGAGAAAUCACACCAAUAUGCAAAACACGGAACAGUUUCAACUACACAGACGAAAGAGGGCAUUUCUUACACGUUUACCUCAACAGAGACCCAUUUUGAUGUCAGGGAAGAGUAUACCGAAGAUUAUGCUGAAACGCCGACUGAAUAUGAAAAGGUGAAAGAUAUGAAACCAGACCCUGAAACUGAAUUUCCUGAAACUUACACCACAGAGUCCCUUCUUAAAGGUACAAGAGCCCCAGUACCAGCUGACCGUGUAUUUAAGGUGCACAGAGCAGGAGAGCGAAAAGCCAAAGAAUUUACAGCUGAACAGAUAACAGCACAGAGAAAGACCAUUUCAACCACCAGUACUAUUCAAAGUACAUCUACACUAGGUGGCGGUUAUGAUCUUCAGGAAGAGUCGGUGGUUCUGAAAGUACCAACCAAAGGGACGCAAAAUGAUCAGUUGCGAUUGCAAGGGGAUUUUGAGAAAGGUGAUCAGAGCGACCAAGAUGAAAGUGUGUCGGAAGACAGUUCACGCUCUUACGAUCGCGAUGUCUACAACCGCGUGAGACAAAAUGUCCCGAGAGCGUUUGGCAUCAGGAAGAGGUCGCUGCGUAGCAAUGGUAGUGCUGACAACUUAUCAGAAUCUCCCGUUCCAGAUCAGUUAUCAAACGGCGAAGAAAAGAAAACAAUCACAGGUAGUCAGGAAUUUGCCAAGGUAUUCGGGGUACGUAGCCCAGAAGAAUUUGUGAAUGAAAUCCUAACCACGGAGGGAAAGCUUAACUCCACUGGCAAUACUCCAGAUAUUGAACGACGAGUCAUAUAUACCACACCCCACUUCGCAGAGGCGAAAAGAGAAGGGAGCGCUUCAAGCGCAGACUCCCUUGGCGGAAAAGCUGGGGAUGGAUUUGUAGUGCAAGACUCAACCCAGCCAAAGGGACGAUCAACAACAGUAUACGCUCAAAUCCAAAAGCCAAAGAAAUCGCAGCAGCAGGUGACAACAAUCGAAUUCCCUGAAGAACUUACAGUUCCACCGCCAGUAGAGACCAGCACCCCAACGCUGACACCAACGCAAAAGAGAAGACUGAAAAGCGAAGACAUCAUGGCCGCUCAACGGGAGCUUGAGAGACGCCAAAAAGAAGAAGAGGACGCUUUAUAUAGAAGAUUUUUGGAAAGACAAGAAAAAGAAAUGGAGAAGCUACACCAGUCUAUGACAUCAGAAAAAGAGAAGAGAAUAAAAGACAUGAUGAACAAGGUUGCCACCAGCAGAUCCAAGUUAAUUGCACAAGACACAGAACAAGCAGCCGGGCCAUCUAGAAGAAAGUCGUCAGAGCCAGAACGCCCUGGUCAAAGAGACAGCGACGCCAUGUCUGUUAGCACGAUGGCCAGCAGCGUGUUUGAAGACCCUGCGAAAAAGAAAUCGAAAAAAGAUCUGAAAAAAGAGCAGAAAGAGAAAGAAAAGGCGGAGAAGAAAGCGGCAAAAGAGGCAAAGGAAGCUAAAAGGAAAGAAGAUAAGAAAAAGAAAGGAAAGAAAGGAAAACCGUCAGAGGAGGACGCUGCCGAGGAAGGCGACGACGAGCUCGUGGAACCGCCGCGUGUUCGAAGACCACGUGAAAUGCGUGAUUCGGACACGACAAGUAUUGCGUCUUCAACCGCCGGGCGCCCUGCUCGUAGCACAAGUACGCCACUUCCACGAGGCGAGCAGCAGCGGGCGGGUGAGUCGACCCAUUUGGCGGAUCUAAGCCUCGAGAUGAUGGACGAUCCCGAACUGCAGCGUCUCAUGGGUGAAGAGAGGCGAAAGCUGGAGGAGUCGUACGCCAAAGAGAUGAAAGCUCGAAGGAGGCAGCUCAUUGAAGAUUUGGCUCAGGGUGAGCAACGAGAAGUGGCCGACUUGGUAGAAAAACACACCAGACAGAUGCUUAUGUUAAGGCACCAGAGGGACCGUAAGGUGUACGAUCGAGACACUACCACACUGACCAGAGAGUAUGAACAAACCGUCAGACCACCCAUUAAACCCCCCAGGAACAAGAAAGUUCACUUCUGUGAAAAUCCGACUGUUAUCUUCAUGGAGUUGGACGAACACGUCAUAAAGGUGGCGCACAUGGAGCCCCAACCGUCCAGUUUCACAGACUUGGUUCGUGAACUGACUGAGGGCUGCAAGAACGAAAUGGAGAAAGUCAGAGCCAUAUUCCGUUGGAUCACCAUCAAAAAUUUGAACCAGAUGGAAUUCGAAGAUGUCGAUCCCGACACGCCCUUAGGAUUGCUGAGAGGUAUCAAGCUAGGACGAGAGAGCUACCACGUGCUCUUUAAAAGAUUAUGCGGGUACGCUGGUCUUCACUGCGAAAUUAUCUACGGAUUCUCCAAGGGUGAGGGAUACAAGCCAGGAAAGCCGCUCACCAAACGAUUUAGAAAUGUAUGGACAACGGCGCACGUGGAUGGCUCGUGGCGUUUCAUCAACUGCCACUGGGGGGCGCGGCGUAGUCAUGGACAACGUAAGUCCACCAUAUUUGGAGAUCUGAAUGACCUUGAGCUUGAGUACAAAUACGAGGAGACGUAUUUCCUUACGGACCCCGAAGAUCACAUCCAGCAGCAUUUCCCUGACGAUCCUAAAUGGCAACUUCUAGAAUCUCCGCUGACCAUGGAGGGCUUUGUCAAACUGCCAGUGAAGAAGACUCCAUUCUUCAACCACGAAUUAAGUUUUGUGGAAAAAUAUGACUCUGUUCUUACAACAAAAACCGGCGAUCUCACAGUGUUGCUCAAAUGCCCAAAGAAAGGGGUCAAUUUUGCAGCAAAACUUGACUCGUACUAUGGAACAGCGACCUUGACCGGUCAGGUAGAUGUCAAGGUCAAAGGAAGCGAGGUCGUCUUGUCCAUUGAAGUGCCCCUUCCUAACAUCUGCUUCUUGCAUAUAUUUACAAACGAAGAGAAUGCGUGCUCAUUCCAAAUCCAGGCGUUUGAAAUUCCAGCUUCAUUCCAAAGACUGUACCCUGGCUGCCCUUAUUUUGGGCUGACGCCAGAUGGCGCUAAAAUGGGCGUGGUUCCUUCUUCUCAAACUGAACCGUACCUCGUGAACAAUUCAGGUGGUGACUUGGAAGUCAGACUAUCGUUAACGGGAGCAAAGCGUAUAAAACUAAUGCACAGACUCCUUCGUGCCGACGAUGAAAACAAUGUGUAUGAAAACUGUGAUCGUUUUGCUUUGCAGCAGCGCCGUGGGGACAAAAUCUCCUCCUUUUUAAUACGAACAUUCCGCCCAGACUUCUACAUCUUCGAAAUCAAUGCCGCCCCGGAGGACGAUCUCAGUCACGGCACCGUGGUUUACAGAGUCUUAGUUGAGUGCUCUGUCCCCUCCAGUGAGCCGGACCCGUUUCCAAUUGCAUUCCAUCACUGGAACAAAGCCGGGCGCCUGCACCACCCAAUGAUGAGUGAGCUAGAACAAGGGAACAAGAUACCGUUCAAAGUAGAGGUGCCAUCUGCCCAGAAAGUCGCCGUAGUGGUCGGCAACGAGUGGAACCACCUAGCACAGACGGACGAGGAGAGGGGGAUAUUUGAAGGCACGGUGUACACAGGAGAUAGACAGGGGAAACUGAAGGUUUACGGGAAAAUUAGCAAUAAGUUUCAGCCUAUGCUGGAGUACAAAGUUAGACCGUACAUAAGGUAUUCCCGGGGGAAAUGACAUUGAGAUGGGGGAACAGGUUAACCUGAUAAGGGAAUAGACACCCAGUUGUAAAGUGGCAAUUGACAUUACAGUACCCAUAAUGAAUCAAUGUUUGGGUUGUUUUAUAGUGCACUCCAAUGACUGAUCAAAUGAUGGCGGGUGAAGUUCUUAAUUUUUAAACAUUAUCCACUUUGAAAAAAAUUCCGAAGUUAGUGUUCAAGCUACCCAGUAAUGACAGCUAAGAACCAGGUUUAGAAAUCGUUGGUUUUCCCAUGGGCUGCUUCACUAAGAAGCAAGCGAGAGCUAAUAGUUGGCACUUGCUUACAUAUGCUGAAUAUUCGGAAAUUUCAUAGUAAACAGAAGUCGCCAGUUUACGGUUCCGUCUUCGAACAGGCCAAGGUCACAUCGCAAAAUUUCUCAACAUUUUCUCUGCCACCACCUGACAGGGCAUGCAGUCCUGCGAUGAAUGAUAUAAUAAUGUAUAUAAGUAGUGUGGCUUAUUGAAAUAUAUUGUCAUUGUCUAAUAACGUAGAUGUUGAGAGCGCUUUCAUAUGUAUAUACAGUAAUAUACAUUAUAUAGUGUUAAGAUUGUCUUACAUUUUCUUAUAACGCAUUUAUUUUCAUAUCUUCCAAAUGGGACCAUUAAAAAAUUUAAAUGACUGUUAUAUAGUACCAUCCAAUGCAAAUUUCUAUUUAUAAAUAUCUGUAUUGGUAUAUACAAAUGAGUGGAUAUCGCAAAUAUUCUUAACUGUAUGGGGUUGUGCAUUUUUUGUUUUGGUGUCUGUAUGCUGAACAUAUAUUCGCCAUUUAAAUAUUUGUUUGCAAAUUUGGUGUAUUAAUUAUCAAAUAGUGCAUUUUCUAACAAUAUCUGCAUGUUAUCUAGUGCACCGAGGGUCUCCUUGUUUAGCGUUUGAAUUGUUUUUAUAGUACAUUUGUUUUUGUGUGUUAUCUUAUUUUGCCAAAAUAUUUGUAUUUAUGACCAAGUCAUAUUGUACGCUGUUGUUUUAGGCUAGACUGCUUUAGUUGACACGUUUUAGUAGUCAUUUGUAGGGCCUUUUCCUGUAACAGAUAGACUGAAACGCACGCACGCACGCACGCACCCACACAUACACAUUGCGUGCUGAAGAUUUGAAAGAGAAUUGCACACAAGGUUGAAUUUUAACAGGUUAACACAAGCUUACAUUGUGGUUGUGUAUUUUAGAAGUUGUCAUAUGUUUGUACAUAUUAUGCAUAUUCAGGUUGUGAAAAAUAAAAUUUAUACAGAUCCCUUUUACAAACAGUAAGGCAGCCAGUCUCAGAGGAGUUUCAUUUAGUUGUAUCUUGUUUCGUUUUCUGGGUUUGUCAGGAAGAUAUAGACAUAUUAUAGAUAUAAUUAUUUUUACUUAUUUGAGUGUUUUAAAGGUGCUACAUGUAUCUUUUUUUAGGCCGACAUGUGAUGUUUCACAUGUUCACACACACAACCGCCUUAUUUACACAUGUGAAACUGUAAAAAUGUAUAAAUUUGAUUUCAGUUAUAAUUAUUUUGCUUGAAAUAAUUAAUCUAUGUUCUGCCCUGUUUGAUGGAAUUUCAUUCUUUACUUUACUUGUUUUUAUUGCACCCUUCAAAAAGGUUGUGCACGUAGUUUUAUGCAAAGAACUGAAUAAACUGUUAAA